AUGUCGGAUCUCUCCAGCAAGCAAUAUGAGCAUGAAGCUCAGGAUGAGAGAGAGGCAGGGAUGGACAACCCCACAAGUGAUCCAGAGACAGGCAAAGAGAUGGAAGAUCUGACAAAAGGCCUGGAGAAACUCUGGGAGAGCCCCAGUGAGGAGAAAAGUGAGAUGCUACAUUCACGCCUGGAACAACAGCAUCGCCUUAUCUGUAUCCCUAAGAAAAAAGGCAAUGUGCACAAAUGCUGCAGACAUCUGGAGCAGCUCGACAUGGAGCUGGAAAAACGGACAGAGGACACUGUGCAAAUCAAACCCCAGACCCAACGGAUUCAGCAUUUGGGGGAGCGCUUCAGGGAUCUGGCCAAGAACUGCGAAAAAAUGAUCCAGUUGAAGGACGAACACAGGAAAUGGCAUAUGCAGCUGUGGGAGGAGAAUGAGCGCCUGCGGCAGAACGAAGCACUCUUCGGGCAGACUGCGAGGGAGAAGGAAGCUGAAGCUCGGCCCACUGCCCAGGCCAGAAAGCUCUCCCAGCGGUUCGACUCCUUCCAGGAGAAACGUGCUUAGGAGACGCAGGAGCGGGAAGAGCAGCUGCUCGAAGCUCAGCGCCAGCAAGCGCGUGCCUACGCCCAUGAGAUAGAUUCACUAAAGGGUCAGCUGCAGUGCCUCCAGGAGAAGCGCCAACAAACAGCUGCGCAGGGAGAGGAGGCAGAAAGCCUGCAGAGGGCUCGGGACAGUGAGCUGCUAGCCAAGCUGGAGAGGGCGAAUGAGGAGAAAGAGCGACUACAGAACCUGGCUGUGGAGUGAGGCAAAGCGUGGCAAGAUGAGCAGCUGGAAAUUCAGCAGCUGGGGAAGAAGCUGGAGGCUGCGGAGAAAGCCAGGCAGAGAGAGGGAAAGCGCCCUUGUCGUG